AUAUUUCUGCUGACAAAGCAUUUGAAUGUAUGUAGGGAACUUUUUUUUUUUGCUGCACAUCUGCAAUCCUUAAAACACAGUUUAAAGAGCCUUCACUGCGGCCACUGUGACUUCAGGGGUUGUCCAACAGUGUUCUAAGGUCAGAGAGGAAAGAGGUCAACGUCUCGGCAGACUGUGCUCCAGUUUUUCCGGGACAGCAGAAGAUGCCACUCUUCCUUUGGACUCUGCUCUGUGAAAACAAACAUUACAUAAAUAAUUUGAGGGGUUGAGUUUUGAACCCUCCCCCGUUUUGCCAGCUUUGGUUGAGUCCAGGGUUCCAGCAGAUCCAAGAUGGCGGCCUGAGCAGCGACGAGCAGAAGUUGACUUUUCCCUGAAGCUGGACUGUCUGUCCUCCUCCGUGCUGUCGGCUGGGUGUGUGCUGAGAACGACAGUCGAUGUUCCCAGCAAUGUGGAGCUGAAGGUCUGUGACAGUGGAGGGAAAGCCAGUCCAAGCAAAGGUUUUCCAGAUUUGGAGCAGAAGGUUUUCAGAUCUGCAGUGUUUUCCAGGUGUCUCUUUCUGGGAUGUCCAGGCCAGGUGGCCUGAGGGGGUCCAGCCCCAGAGCACAGGCCACCACCAGCACAGACAUACUGCAUAAACACCUGCAGAUGGACACAUCUACAUGUACUGUAGAGACACCUGCACAGCUGCUUAAAGGAGAGAAUUGAGCAAGCAGGAAGCGGGCUGAACUCUGGACCUGAUCUUCAGGAACCAAGGGGUCUUUAGAGAGAAACCUUCUGUGUCACCUUUUAUUCAGCCAACUUCCAUUUUUCUCCCUUCAGUUCCCAGAUAAUUUAACAUUCCAUCCAUCAAAUAAUCAUCCAUCCUUCCCUGCCUCCUGUCCCACUUCCCAUUCAGUCAUCAAAGAGUGUUUCUUGCACUGCAGAGGUACAAGUGGAGAGCAGGUAAUGGAUGAUGCUGGCCAUGGUGACCUAGUGUAAAUGGCUAUUCCUCAGCACAGCUCAGUGCCAGUAUCUACUGCUCGAUCUUCUGCCUCCACUCCCUCCUCCCCUCACUCCUACUCCACCUCUCCGCUCUCCUCCCCUGUUCACUGCUGCUGCUUGCUGCCCAGUCCUGCCUCUCCCCUCCAACACCAUGGUAGGUUCAGGCUUGGGUGUGUGGAAGCUAAUGAGAGGUGUCCGCCAGUUGGAGCUUCACCGCCUCAUCCUGGCACUUAUCAUCUUCUGCUUGCUGUCCAUGGCCUUCUUAGCUUACUACGUCUCCAACAGCCCCAAAAUCAAAGAGGCCCCCCCUUUACCCUUCAGUGACUGCGGUGGGGGAGGGGGGAUGUCACCUGGAGCGAGUACCGGGGCUGCCGGAGAAGGUCCAGGUGUCCAGAGGGCUCCGCUUUUCCUCCCCUCACGCCAGGGCAGACUACGACAGGUGAAAGCAGUGGACAAUUCUAGGACACAGCCGGUAGUUCUGGUGUUUGUAGAGAGCAUCUACUCCCAGCUGGGCCAGGAGAUUGUAGCCAUUUUAGAGUCUAGCCGCUUUCACUACCGGACAGAGAUAGCUCCUGGUAAAGGUGACAUGCCCACACUGACGGAGCAUAACCGUGGACGCUACACAUUGAUCAUCUAUGAAAAUGUGUUGAAAUAUGUCAAUCUGGAUGCAUGGAAUCGUGACUUGCUGGACAAGUACUGUGCUGAGUAUGGAGUAGGUGUCAUUGGCUUCUUCAAAGCUAAUGAAAACUCGCUUCUCAGCGCACAGCUCAAAGGUUUCCCCCUCUUUCUACACUCACACCUGGGACUCAGGGACUACCGGAUCAAUCCCAAUUCUCCUCUACUCUACAUCACCAAGCCCAAUCAGGUCGAGCAGGGCUCUUUACCAGGGGAUGACUGGACCAUUUUCCAAUCUAACCACUCUACCUAUGAACCAGUGCUUCUGGCCAGUACCAAAUCGUCUGAUGUACUGGCACAUUUUGGACCCAGCCCACUGCGGGCCCUCCAUGCCACAGUGGUCCAGGACUUAGGGCUCCAUGAUGGCAUUCAAAGAGUCCUCUUCGGGAACAACCUUAACUAUUGGCUUCACAAGUUGGUGUUUGUGGAUGCCAUUGCCUACCUGACAGGAAAGAGACUGUGUUUGUCCUUAGACCGCCACAUCCUGGUGGACGUGGAUGAUAUAUUCGUUGGCAAAGAGGGAACCCGUAUGAAGGUGUCAGAUGUGGAGGCGUUGCUCAACACUCAAAACAAGCUGAGAGCACUAGUCCCCAAUUUCACCUUCAACUUGGGAUUUUCUGGAAAGUUCUACCACACAGGAACGGAUGAGGAGGAUCGUGGAGAUGACAUGCUUCUGCAGCACAGGAUGGACUUCUGGUGGUUUCCUCACAUGUGGAGCCACAUGCAGCCUCACCUCUUUCACAACGUCAGCGUCUUAGCUGAGCAGAUGAGGCUCAACAAGGUCUUUGCUCAGGAGCACGGCAUCCCGACAGAUAUGGGCUAUGCAGUGGCUCCGCACCACUCUGGGGUUUAUCCAGUUCACAGCCAGCUCUACGAGGCCUGGAAGUCUGUGUGGGGCAUCAAGGUGACCAGCACUGAGGAGUACCCCCAUCUGAGGCCAGCUCGUUACCGCCGUGGCUUCAUCCACAACGGGAUCCAGGUGCUGCCCAGACAGACGUGUGGUCUGUUCACACAUACAAUCUUCUACAAUGAAUACCCAGGAGGCUCAAAGGAGCUGGACAAAAGCAUCAGAGGAGGAGAACUCUUCCUCACUGUCCUCCUAAACCCUAUCAGUAUCUUCAUGACCCACCUGUCCAACUACGGCAACGAUCGGCUGGGUCUGUACACCUUCGAGUCUCUGGUGAAGUUUGUCCAGUGCUGGACCAACCUCAGACUGCAGACGUUGCCCCCUGUCCGGCUCGCAGAGAAAUACUUCCAGAUCUUCCCUGAGGAGAGAGACCCCCUGUGGCAGAACCCUUGUCAUGACAAGAGACACAAAGAUAUCUGGUCUAAAGAAAAGACCUGUGACCGACUCCCCAAGUUCCUCAUCAUUGGACCACAGAAAACAGGCACUACAGCGCUUCAUUCAUUCCUGAGCCUCCACCCAGCAAUCACCAGCUCCUUCCCCAGUGCCGCCACCUUUGAGGAGAUCCAGUUCUUCAGUGGAGCAAACUAUGAUAACGGGAUUGACUGGUACAUGGACUUCUUCCCAUUCCCUUCCAACGUCAGCACAGAUUUCAUGUUUGAAAAGAGUGCCAACUACUUCGACACAGAGGUCGCUCCGAAGAGAGCUGCUGCUCUGCUUCCCAGAGCCAAAAUCCUGGCAGUGCUCAUCAACCCGUCUGACAGAGCGUACUCCUGGUACCAGCACCAGAGGGCCCACCAGGACCCCGCAGCCCUCAACAACACUUUCCAUGUGGUGGUGACUGCAGGCCCCUCUGCCCCCAAAGACCUGCAGGCGCUUCAGAGACGCUGCCUUCACCCCGGGGCCUACGCUACUCAUCUGGAGCGCUGGCUGCAGCACUACCAGCCCAGCCAGUUGCACAUCGUGGAUGGGGCCCUGCUGCGAUCCAACCCGGCACUAGUGAUGGAGGGGAUCCAGAGAUUCCUCGGUGUCACUCCAGUCUUCAACUACACCCAGGCUCUCAUGUUCGAUGACAGCAAAGGUUUCUGGUGUCAGCGGGUGGAAGGAGGUCGAGCCAAAUGUCUGGGGAAGAGUAAAGGCAGGAAGUACCCAGAGAUGAGUCCUGAGUCGCGUGCCUUCUUGGCCGAGUACUACCGUGAGCACAACAUGGAGCUGCUGCAUCUGCUGAAUCGGUUGGGCCAACCGCUUCCAUCCUGGCUCCGCCAAGAACUCCAGAGCACGAGCUGGAGCUGAGGCCACUUACUCACACACACACACACACACACACAAACACUCACACGCAAACAUACACACACAAACACACACACAGCCACGCCACAGAAAAGCUGGGACUUGGAGUCGAGUUGGCUCUGGAUUAGAUUGGACUACCUGAUCUGGAAUCAACAGCAGCUCUGUCACUAGAAGAGCUCCACGGUUAGCUGAUGUCACACGUCCUCCUGUUCCAUGGCAGAAAGAUGAGCUUACCACGUGACGCCUUUCUGGCAGAAGGACAUUAGUGGAUCCCUGAACCUCUUUCAGCCUCAGUGUGUGUGUCGGACGUGGAUAAGGGGGCUCACACUGUAUGCCUCUCUUGGCUUUGGAUCCAGAUGACUGGUCGACCAGCACGUUUGAGGCAUAAAGAGCAGAUCAGACAGCCUUAAUGUGAGGAGAGAAACUCACAGGAAGAGACUGUGCAGAUGUGUGUGUGUGUGUGUAUGUGACUGGAUACAGGACUAUCACACACACACACACAAAUCUUUUCUCUCCGCAAGAAUGAUGAUUGUAAAACAGUCGAUUUUCAAAAACAGUUGUAUAUGUUAGGUUUGAGGCCAGCAGACAGACCAGACAGACAGUCCACAUCCUGGUCCAAAUUUCUCACACACACACACACACACACACACACACACACACACACACACACACACAGGUCUAGCCAACAGUUUGGGGUGCUGCAUUCCCUUUUUCCACAGUCUGUUGGCUGUAGUGACAGAUAUGUUGAAGCUUGUGUGAUGACAGGUCAAUGUAAAUAUCAUGUGUCGUGGUCCAGGCUGUGCCCCACAUCAACAUCUUGUCAGUCAACAGCUGAUACUCAGUUUAUUGACUAAAGUAAAGAUGAUUUUUAAAUGAUGAUCGACAUCCUCUCUCUGUUCUGCAGUUUGAUUUUAGCUCACUUCUAUACUUUCUGAUAACCUAUGUAGUGUUUUU